UGUCAGAAGCUGAAAUUGGUUUAUAAAGAUCCGAAGCCAGGUUUCGAUAGAACUCUUGUGAAGGGAGUUGUGGCGAGACUUUUUCACAUAAAAGACCUUAGACAUGCUGCGGCACUGGAGGUUAUUGCUGGCGCGAGUGUGAGUUUUGAUUUUUUUUGA